CAAGGGCUUCCCCAUUUAUCACGUGACUCUCCACUCUCAGUAGAGAAAGCCAGCUGCUCAGCACCACUGAUUGUCUCUCUCCCGGCAGACUCGGCUCUUCACUCUUUCCUCCACUCUCUCUCACUCCUACACUGACAAGCCCCGCAGCUCAAAAAAAAUGCUGACAACAUAAUGAAGCUGCUCGCUUACCUCUCUAUCCUCGUCGUGGCCGUCCACGGCUGGGCCGCGCAGUCUCCACCUUCGGCAGCGAAUUCCCUCCUGCUGCCGUCCGACGCCGUUUCGCUGCUCUCUUUCAAGUCCAAAGCCGAUCUCGACAACCGCCUCCUCUACUUGCUCAACGAGCGCUUCGACUACUGCCAGUGGCAGGGCGUGAAGUGCGCGCAGGGCCGGGUUGUCCGGUUCGCUGUCCAAGGGUUCGGCCUGCGUGGCACCCUCGCGCCCGACACUCUGACACGGCUCGACCAGCUCCGAGUCCUGAGCCUCCGCAACAACUCACUCUUCGGUCCGAUUCCCGACCUCUCCGGACUCGUUAACCUCAAGUCCCUUCUCUUAGACCGUAACUCCUUCUCUGGCUCUUUCCCUACGUCGAUUCUUCUCCUCCACCGGCUUCUGAUCAUCGAUCUCUCUCACAACAAUGUCACCGGGCCGAUUCCAGCCGGGUUAACGAACUUGGACCGGCUCAGCUCGCUGCGGCUCGAGUCAAACGGGUUCAACGGAACGGUCCCUCCGCUGAACCAGUCCUACCUACGAGUCUUAAACGUGUCGGGGAACAACCUUACCGGGCCAAUACCAUUGACCCCCACUCUUUCGCGCUUUGAUACAUCGUCGUUCCAGUGGAACCCUAGCCUCUGCGGCGAGAUCAUCAACAAAGCCUGCAAUGACUCGCGCUCUCCAUUUUUCGGAUCUCCUGGAAAUGCCACUUCGCCACUCGGCCAAAGCGUGGAGUCCCAAGGCGUGGUUGUGGUUCUUCCUCCGCCGUCUCCGAGGAAGCACAAGAGCAUCGGACUCGUUCUAGGGUUUUCAAUCGGAGUCUCCGUGCUCAUCGCCUCUCUUCUCUGCGUUCUCGGCCUGGUCAAGAAACAGAGCAGCCAUGAAAAAAGCCCUAAAACCCCCGCAACGCCGUCAUUUAACCCCACAACCGAAGAAACUCAACCAGCUCGAGUGGAAUCAAACAGCCACGAGUUAACAUACAAAAGCGACGUCGUUCGAAGCGUGCGGAAGAGUAGGGACUUGAUGUUCUGUGGAGGUGAGGCGGAGCUGUACACGUUGGAGCAACUGAUGAGAGCCUCGGCGGAACUGCUCGGGAGGGGCACGGUGGGGACCACGUACAAGGCGGUGCUGGACAACCGUCUGAUCUUAACGGUGAAGAGGCUGGACGCGAACAAGACCGCGAUCACGAGCGGUCACGUCUUCGAGCGCCACAUGGACGCCGUGAGUGGGCUCCGCCACCCGAACUUGGUCCCCAUCAGAGCUUACUUCCAGGCCAAGGGCGAGAGGCUAGUGAUCUACGACUACCAACCCAAUGGCAGUCUCUUGAAUCUCAUUCACGGUUCGAAAUCAGCCAGAGCAAAGCCUCUCCACUGGACAUCAUGCUUAAAGAUAGCUGAAGAUGUGGCCCAGGGAAUUGCUUACAUCCACCAAGCGUCAAGGUUGAUUCACGGCAACCUGAAGUCCUCAAAUGUUCUCCUUGGAGCUGAGUUUGAGGCCUGUGUCACAGACUAUUGCCUUGCAGUUCUUGCAGACUCUUCUUCUAAUGAAGAUCCCGAUUCUGCAGGCUACAAAGCCCCUGAGACCCGCAGGUCCAGCAGCCAAGCCACUCCCAAGUCUGAUGUCUAUGCCUUUGGCAUCCUCCUUUUGGAGCUUUUGACUGGUAAACAUCCAUCAAAACACCCAUUCCUCGUGCCCAUGGAUGUGCCUAAUUGGGUCAGAGCAAUGAGGGAAGAUGAUGGUUGUGAGGACAACAGACUCGGAAUGCUUACUGAGGUUGCUUGUAUUUGUAGUUUGACAUCCCCAGAACAAAGACCAGCAAUGUGGCAAGUUUUGAAGAUGAUACAGGAGAUCAAGGAGAGCGUGGUGGUAGAAGACAAUGCAUCUCUCGGAUUUUCGUAGUUUUUCUCUGGGUUUACACGAUUGGGGUGCAAAGAAGAUAAUCAAGGUAGUAGGCAAAACCAACUGUAUAUUUCGGAAGGGUAGCUAAGAGCCCCAAACGAAUCAUAAAAGGGAAUUAGUUUGAUCAACUUAUCUAUGGGGCUAAGCUUGAGGAAUUUUACUUGGCCUUUAUACAACCCCCUGCUGUAAUUCUAUAUGGUGGAUAAAUCAUGAUUUUAUAGAAGCUAUUUUUGUUUUUGGCA